AGCUAGCGCUCUGUAGUCGGCCACAACGGGCCGGUGACUGGCCAGUGUGGCCACAGCGAGCAUCAAAUAACACAAUAAUCUCACAUAAAAUAAUCGCUGUCGUAUUGCAUACUGUCUCCUAAACUAUCUCUUGCAUAUGUAUACCUAGUUCCGUUGUUUUGAAUAAAGUAGGUUGUGAAAGUGAACAAGAUCCAGCAAAACAGGGAUAAAAAUUAAUAUAGGCUCUUUGCACACCGUUAGCCUAAGCAGGACAAUCCAUCAAUUUGCUUGAGAUGCGGUUUAAUGUGACUACUGAUGACUCCCGACAGUGAGGUCCAGUGUGAUAGUGAAGUGAGUACAAAAUUGUGAAGAAAACUGUCAAGAUGGCCGACCCGGACGCAUUCGAUGAUGAGAAGCUGGUAGUGGGUGGUCCGAAUCAACGCAACUGGCGAGGGAUCCUCAUAGCUCUGCUGGUCAUCGUCGCCGUUCUGGCCUUGAUCGUCACAUCUGUAGUACUUCUAACGCCGCCUGAUGAAGGGCCCAGGGUAAAAGGCCGGAGGCUGCGAAUCCAAGACAUAUUAUCUGAUGAUCUGGUACCAGUAAGAUGGAAUGGCACGUGGAUUUCGGGUGACGAGUUCGUAUACAGAGACGCAUCUGGCGGUAUCAGCCUUAUGUUUGCAGCUAAUCAGACAUCAAAGACGCUCAUGCCGAACACAACAUUUAGAGUGCUAGAACCGGCCUCGUUCUCGGUGUCAGCGGAUCGAAGAUUCCUCCUUCUAGCACAGAGCAUACGUAAACUGCAUCACUACUCGUACUUAGCGCGAUACACAGUCUACGAUAUACUAACCACAGAAUCCUACCCGCUCACGCCGUUGCCAGACGAGGUGGGAGGUGGAGUGAUCUCCGAAGGUCCUUCCCUGCUGUUAGCCGCGUGGACACCAAAAGGCCACGGUCUGAUCACAGUCAAGGAUUAUGAUAUCUACUACCGCCCGGCUCCUCGCUCCUCGACCGGAUAUAGAGUGACUGAAAGCGGAAUACCCGGCACUAUUCAUAACGGAGUUCCGGAUUGGUUGUAUGAAGAAGAAAUCCUCAAGUCCCGAACAGCACUAUGGAUGUCAGCGGACGGCCACAUGGUGCUGUACGCGACCUUCAAUGACAGUUUGGUGCACGAACAGAAGUAUCCCUGGUAUGGUGCAGCGCUAGACACCGAUGACCCGGCGAAGACAUAUCCGGAGAUCAGGAGUGUGAGGUAUCCGAAGCCUGGCACUAAUAAUCCGACGGUGACACUCACAGUGGCCGACAUCGCUGAUCCGAAACAUAUUCGAACAAGACACCUCACUCCACCCAAAGUUAUAUUAGAAGAGGGCGAUUAUUAUUUCACGAGCGCACAAUGGGUGUCCCUCACAGAAGUGUGCGUAGUGUGGCUGACACGCACGCAAAACCUAUCUGUAGUGUCGGUGUGCAAGAGUCCUAUGUGGUACUGUCAAGAGGUGUAUAGAAUAUUAUCAGGCUCAGAGGCCUGGGUAGAAUCAGCCCCAGCUCCGUUAUGGUCAGCUGGCGGUGGAGCCUUGGUCACGUUGGCGCCAAUUAGAGACGGGCCAGCGGGUUUGUUCAGGCAUAUUGUCAGAACCGAACACAAUGCACAUGGCCCUAGGGCGUUGCCAUUAACACACGGCAGCUUCGACGUUGUGAAGCUGUUGGCAUGGGAUCACGCUAAUCAACACAUCUAUUACCUCGGAAUACCUGAAGGUAAACCAGGACAACAGCAUCUAUAUAGGAUAUCAUCUGAAGCACCACGACCCGGUUCACCGCAGAAGUUGCCUUAUUGCGUUACAUGUAAUUCGCAGCCAUCGCCGUCAAUAAACUUGGAAUACUAUGGGAAUUUGGCGUCCUCUGGUGACAGUACGUGGGACUCCGAUUGGGAUGAAGAAUUACCGGCCACAUCACCUACGCCUUCCAAAAAGAAAAAAAAGAAACAUCCAGAAGGUCUUCCUCAAAAUCUACCGUGCCUUUACCACGAAGCCCACUUCAGUCCAUCAUCAGCGUACUUUGUGCUGGAAUGCCUCGGCCCAGGAGUACCUACUUCCAGUUUGUUCAAGAUUGCUCUUCCAGAGCCAAGACUCUUGUUGCACUUGGAGAAUAAUACAGCAGUCAAGGAAAAAUUGUCGGCAAUAGCCUUGCCAACACCCCGGACGUUUUCUGUGCAACUGUCGAGCGGUCACGCGGCCAGAGUUCGACUUUUGUUGCCUCCAGGACUAAGAGAAGAUGAAGUCACUAAAUAUCCACUCGUAUUAAAAGUCCACGGGGCACCAGGAACGCAGCUGGUAACAGAGCGCUGGUCGCUCGACUGGGGCGCGUUAGCUGCUGGCGCGGGCGCGGUGCUGGCGUCGGUGGACGCGCGGGGAGCUGGUGGGAGAGGCCUGGGUGCACAUCACACGUUACACCGCCGACUUGGUACUGUCGAGUUGGCUGAUCAGUUGGAGGUUGCUGAGUAUCUUCGUGACUCACUGCAUUUCAUCGACGCUCGCCGCGUGGCGGUGUGGGGCCGCGCUCACGGUGGAUUCCUCGCGGCUUUGGCGCUCGCGAGUCCGCUCAACGUGUUUCACUGUGGAAUCGCCCUAACACCCAUCGUACGCUGGCGAUAUUACGCAUCAGCAUAUGCGGAGCGUUACAUGGGUUUUCCGAACGCAACUGGCAACUAUCGAGGGUACGCGGACGCUGAUGUGACGAAGCAGGCAGCGGCAUUGCAUGACAAGAUGCUGCUCCUGGUUCACGGAACAGCAGACGACAAUGUCCACAUUCAGCAAACCAUGGCGCUGGCUAAGUCGCUGGCCAAUCAGGGCAGCAUGUUCAGGCUGCAGAUUUACCCAGAUGAAGGCCACAAUUUGGACGGCGUGAGGCGGCAUUUGUACCGUACCAUGUCGUCAUUCUUGGACGACUGCUUCAGGAAACAGGUACCGCCGGAGACGAAGGCCGGCCUGCGGAACGGGGGCAACCUCGACUGAGACACGUGGAAGGACGAGGAGUUGUGCUCUUGGUAAUAUACGAUCGAAAUAGACAAGAUGUUAAGUAUUACUCUUUGAAUCCCAUUAAAUCUUUAGUACAACACUUCCAUAUCCCUACAAUGUCUGCUGUCGACGAGUGGACUCUACACAUCAAACAUUUUUGUGAUAACUAGGUUAUAAACUAUGAGUUGUGUCGUAAUGAACUUACUAUUCGUUGAAGUCUUGAAGUGUGCGCUUGUAUAUUACGCGAAUUGUUCUUUCGAGUGACUUUUUUCUAAAUAAUAUACCCUUACUCAGUUUUUUAUUUAAGCUACAGUCAAACAUGCGCGGCAAAUCGCGAUGGGAGAGUCUAAAAUGCGAAACAACGCAAAACAUGCGCAUUAAACCGCGAAGCAAGAGCGUCCAAAGAACGCAUGCUUGUUAGUAUUUAUUUUUUUAAGUAUACCUAUUACGUAUAAAUUCUUGUAAUUUUUUGUAUCUAUAGCAAGUUUACUAUUGUAAUCUUUUGGAGGAAUCAACAAAGAGUGUCUAUCUAUCUAAUACAGUUAAACUUGCGAUAAAUAAAUGUUUAAACAUCUUACUACAAAAGGGUCUCUAACAUCUGUUUAUGUCAAAAUAAAAAACUCUUGUCUUUUUUAAAAAUAAAAGGCGUUUAAAGUGAUAAAUUUUAUUAUACUAGUUUAAACACUUUAGCACGUAAAAUUACAAAUAAAUAUUGUUACGCCGAAUAAAGCGACGGAGUCUCUUCCUUACUUCAUAAUUGCUUUCGUCGCUCAUGUUUGGCAGUAGCUUUGCAGUGAAUUUGUAUCGAAUUUGUAAUUAUUACUACUUGUAAAGAAGAAUAAAAAAUAUCAAAUUGUUGAAUUUAUGAGAUCAUUUAUAAUCAAAACCUAAGGAAUUGUUAAAAGGUUAUACUACACAGCAAUGCCUUUGUGUCAUAUUAAAUUUUGGUGUUCCUAAGGGCAGAUUAUAGGUACAUAAGCAAUUCCUUAUUAUUUGUAUGAAUAGAUGAAGUUUUGGUAUUAAUUGCAUUUUGAUUUUAAAUAUAAAAUAUAAUUAAAUCUGCUUGUCUGUUAUUUUGUAAAACGAGUAUAUGUAUAUAAAAAAUAGAGAUUAUUUCGAAAUCUUUAACAUCAAAAGGAUGAAGGCAGAGAAUGCUCUAUAAAUGGAAAUUUACAUUUCUUCCAAAAAAGCAUGAGCGAAAAACGAAUAUAAAUGUUAGUGGUUUCGUUUACUCUCUGCGAUAAGAGAUUUAGGUAAGUAGGUAUAUUUUACUAAUGACUAUUUUUUUUUUGAUGGGUUAAUAUGGUAUGGCAACCCCGCUCGCGCUAACGGGAUACGCUGGCGGAGCACCAGUGAAGGGUGAUAGAUGAGAAUGAAAACAGGCCAGUUAGCCCAUCAUAAUGAAUUCAUCAGGA